AUGACGGGAGCGAAGCACGUCGUCUUCGACAUAGUUGGUACCUGUGUCUCAUUCGAUGCCUACUUUGCUGCAAUAGAUACCGCCAUCGGUCAGAAAUUGCAUGCCAACACCAUCACCCCGAAAUUCUUUGGAUACAGCUGGAUGACCGCUGCAGAGCUGGAGUUUACAUUCCUAUCCGUCUCAGAGCGCUACAAGCCGUAUAAGGAAGUGCUCAGAUCUACUUUUUUCCGCACAUUAUGGUUUGCUGGCGUACAGGAACCGAGACAAGUUUUCACCGAGGAAGAAUGCAAUGCUUGCGUUCAAGGUUACUCUGAGUUACAACUGCGAAGCGACACCAAAGAAUGCUUUGAGAAGUUAAGAAACGCGGGUUUUACGGUAUGGUGUCUUACAACAGCAGACACCAAGCGAGUUCAGGGGUACUUUGAAAAAGGGGGAGCGGUUAUGCCAGCCGAGAAUAUUAUCAGCUGUGAUAGUGCUAGUGGAACGAAACCUGCUUUAUCUGCGUAUCGUCCUGCGCUUGAAAAGCUUGGGGAUGAUGGUGAGAGGUGGUUCGCUGCUGCACACAUGUGGGAUGUUUCGGCCGCUAAGAAAGUCGGGUUCAAAGGAGCGUACUGUUCGGUGCUCGAAAAGGAGUCGUGCAUUGAGUUGUAUGAUACCGAAAUGGACGUCACUUCCGACACUUUGGUCAAAAUGGCGGAGGGGAUUAUAGCUGCGUCUUCGUGA